AAAAAUCCAGCGAAGCCAGAGACAGCCAGCUACGCGGACAGGGCGGAGAGAGCGAUCUUCCCCCCUCCUCCCGCAUAAAAACUGGAAGAAUCUUUCUCGAGCCGGCUCGCCUCGCACUCUCUCUCCCUCCCCCCCGCUCUCCCGCACGCAUCAGCCUCAAGAAAACCCAGACGCAAACCAAACAGACGCGCCGAGCCGCGCCGCGUCGAGAAAUCCCGAGGAAAGCCGUCCCCAUUGCCGCAUGGCUGCGGCCGCUGGCUUCGGGCCGCUCGUGGGCGCCGCGGCGGCUACGCUCCUCGCGGCAGUCUUCCUCGCCGCCGUGCUAGGGCGGCGGCGGCGCCGCCGGGCUCCGGUCGAAGGGAGCACCGCGCCGGGGGGUGGCUGCGCGGUCGCUGACGGAGAAGGGCACGCCGCCGAGGAUGGCACGACGGACGUCAUCAUCGUUGGCGCCGGAGUGGCCGGAUCUGCGCUCGCCUACACGCUCGGAAAGGAUGGUCGGCGAGUCCAUGUUAUAGAGAGGGACCUGACAGAGCCAGAUAGAAUUGUGGGUGAACUGUUACAACCUGGAGGUUACUUGAGAUUGAUGGAAUUGGGCCUGCAGGACUGUGUUGACGAAAUUGAUGCACAACGUGUCCUUGGUUAUGCAUUAUUCAAAGAUGGGAAGAACACGAAGCUUUCUUACCCCUUGGAGAAGUUCCAUUCAGAUGUUGCUGGUAGGAGCUUUCACAAUGGACGGUUUAUACAGAGGAUGCGUCAAAAAGCAGCGUCUUUGCCUAAUGUGCAGUUGGAGCAAGGAACAGUUACAUCUUUGAUUGAAGAAAAUGGUACAGUCAAGGGUGUACAAUACAAGAUUAAGUCAGGUGAAGAACAAAAAGCUUACGCACCAUUGACAAUUGUGUGUGAUGGCUGCUUUUCAAAUCUACGGCGUGCCCUUUGCUCUCCAAAGGUUGAGGUGCCAUCUUGUUUUGUUGGGCUAGUCUUGGAGAAUUGUCAACUUCCUCAUGCGAAUCACGGCCAUGUUAUCUUGGCCAAUCCUUCACCCAUCCUAUUUUACCCAAUUAGCAGCACCGAGGUUCGCUGUUUGGUUGAUGUUCCUGGUCAAAAGGUGCCUUCCAUAGCAAGUGGUGACAUGGCAAAUUAUCUGAAGACCGUGGUAGCACCUCAGAUUCCUCCAGAAAUCUAUGAUUCUUUUGUAGCAGCCAUUGAUAAGGGAAGCAUAAGAACAAUGCCAAAUAGGAGCAUGCCAGCUGCACCACAUCCAACACCUGGUGCACUUUUGAUGGGGGAUGCUUUCAAUAUGCGACACCCUUUAACUGGUGGAGGAAUGACUGUUGCAUUAUCUGACAUAGUCGUCCUCCGUAAUCUUCUCAAGCCUCUUCGUAAUCUGCAUGAUGCCUCUUCUUUGUGCAAAUACCUUGAAUCCUUCUAUACAUUGCGGAAGCCGGUUGCCUCUACGAUAAACACAUUGGCGGGUGCUCUAUACAAGGUCUUCAGUUCCUCACCCGACAAAGCUAGGGAUGAAAUGCGUCAAGCUUGCUUUGAUUACUUGAGCCUUGGAGGUGUCUGUUCGAAUGGGCCUAUUGCUCUACUCUCUGGUCUUAAUCCUCGGCCAUUGAGUUUGGUUGCACACUUCUUUGCUGUUGCUAUCUAUGGUGUUGGACGACUGAUGCUCCCCGUUCCUUCACCUAAAAGAAUGUGGAUCGGAGCGAGGUUGAUUUCGGGCGCAUGUGGCAUCAUCUUCCCUAUCAUCAAAGCUGAAGGCGUGAGGCAAAUGUUCUUCCCUGCUACUGUCCCUGCAUAUUACCGGGCUCCUCCUGAAGCGGAGUUCUGAACAAUGACGAUGCUGCUGAUCUGGCACGAUGACAAUUUUCCUGUGUUGUAGUCAUUCGUCAGUGUUCGCCCCUGGUUUGUACUGUCCGGACGGAACGGAGCAAGGAACCUGUAUAGUAUCUCCCGUGGCCGUGGGUGCUGAUCCCGAAUGGUAAAUUGUACCUGAACUGCUGCAUCGGUAUCCAUGUCAGUUUUUGUUGACUACUAAGCUGUAUAUCCUUGUUGAACUGAUGAGCCGAUCUAACUAGAGUUGUUUCUUGUCUAUCAAAUCUGAGCUUGUGCUGC